AUGACCGGACUAGGAGAGACCAUGGCUCAUUCCGAGGGCACGGUUAUCCAGUACGAUGACCCACAUCCAGCUGGCCGGGACCGCCGAGGCGUACUCAUCCGCAGCUUGGGCAACGCACCAGCCGUUGGAUGGAAGCAGCUCAUGUCCAUGUUCCACACCGUCUGGUUUGCUCUCAACCCCAAUGUCAUUCGGUACCGCAUGUCGCCUGCAUUGAAGCCGCAACAGUGGAAGUACGUGCAGGUGCAGCUCGAGACGGCCUUCUGUGCCGCCUUCCCAGGCAAGAAGCUGCCGCGGGUACAUCUGUUCGAGAACCAGCAAGGCUAUCGGCACAUCGACAUCGAGACGCCAUACGACAACGUCCAUGCGGAUGACAUCGUCCAGGCUGCGCUCGAGCAGGGGUGGAAGGUGGGCAAAAUCCCCAUUGGUCUUCCUUUGUGUGUCGGUCUCCCGACCAGCGAUCUGCUUUUCCCCGUCAAGCUCGACAACAUCCCGCUCAACCACGUCGACGAAUUUAUCACCUCGCUGCCAUCCUUCUUCGCUCAGUUCAACGAUGCCUCGAUCUCGCUCCGCAUCGUCGACGUGUGGCAGAUGGAGGGAUCUGUCUCGAUGAAGGCCAGUGACGAGCCGAUCUGGCUCUACGCCCAGUCGCUUGUGGUUCUUGUCGAAUUCACCGCCCCCCUCCCAGGCAGUGGACGCUUCUACGACCUGGUCCACUACUGGCCCGCUUGGGUCCUUUGGCGUAACAAAGUCAACGUCCACCUCUUCUUCCCGGGCAAGUUCGAGUCUGCCAAUUCUGCAAGUGGGCGGCGCAGCAGCUUGACGAGCGUCAUCUGCUUGCCGAAUGCCCACGAUUGA